AUGGCGAAACGAGAGCAGAUGGGAAGGCAAGACUUGGGACAUCAAGAAAGCGAUAAUGGAGUGGACGCCACGACUUCGCUCGUUGCUCACGAGAGUGAGCUGUCCAGAGUUGCUGAUUUGGGGAAGAACUCUUUUUACAACAGUAAAGAAGAAUUGGUCCUUGCUGUUGGCUUCUGGAAUAUGAAGCAAGGGGCUGAGGCAAAAGUUGUACGCUCAGAUCAGGGACGCCUCUAUUACAAGUGCAAGCACUCUGAUAAGUGCAAGUUCGAUGUGCGUGCAUCUUGUCACGGCGGAGGGAUGUGGGGAGUGCAUAAGUUUAAAGAGCACUCUUGCGAAGGGGAGUUGGGCAUUUUGAAACGAAUAAAGGCACAUUCGAAUGUGGUUGCAGCUUAUGUGGAAAAAAGAAUACGCGAUGACGGAGAGCCCGACAACUUACUAGUUGUCUCUGAUGCGCAUGUCUCCAUUGCUAAUGCUGUGAAGAGCGAGUUACCAAAUGCUACUCACGGACUUUGCUACUACCACUUGCAGAACAAAAUUAAGGGCUACGGGCAAGCUGUUGUUGAGCUUUUCCGCCAGGCUGCAUACGCCUACACGGACUCAGAAUUUUCACGUGCAAUGUCGGCUAUGGCUCAAUUGAAGCCGGCGGCGUACGGGAAGUUGAUGCGCGUAGGCCCUGAGAAGUGGGCACGAUCACAAAGUCCGGUGACCCGUUAUAGUUUUCUUACAUCUAAUGCUGCCGAGGCUUUGAAUGCCCGUUUGUUGUGGGCCAGACGCCUUCCUAUAUGCUCCAUGCUGGAGGCAAUCAGGAUGGUUCUGGAGCAGUGGUUCAAUGACAGGCUUGCGUCUGCGGAAGAGAGCGAUGACCUUCUUACUCCAGAGGCAAAACAGAAGAUAAGUGCGGAGAUCUCAAAGAGUCGUCGCUACACUGCGAAGAGGACCUCCGAGAGAAAAUACAAGGUUCGUGCUGGUGAUCGUCGCUUCAUGGUUGACCUUCAAGCGAAGAGCUGUGAAUGCAAUGAAUUCGACCUGGACGGCAUGCCGUGUUCUCAUGCGAUCGCAGCCAUUACUGAGGCGAAAGAGCCAGUGGAAGAUUACGUGGAAGCUUACUACCUGCGGAGUUCACUGGUUCAAACAUACUCCGGUCCAGUAAAUCACUUGCCUCCCUUAGAGCACUGGGAAAUUCCGUUUGAAGUUGCAACUGAUAUUGUUUUGCCAAACCUUUCUCGUCGACAAGCUGGUCGACCAAGAGAAUCUAGAAUUCCUUCAGCUGGUGAGAGGCCGACUCAAAGGACCACAACAGCGGAUGCAUCAAGUAGUCUGGGAAAACGAGCACCCAAAACCUGUGGUCUAUGUGGCUCGCCUGGCCACACACGUAGAGCAUGCAAGGGUACGGGCUGGGAGCAGUAGUUUAAUUACCUUUUAUAUUAAAUUUCGAUGGAUAUUGAUGUUGGGAGUAUUGGAUACUGAUUGAAUAUUCAGUAGAGCUAGUUCAUUCCAGUAAGUGAUGUUCUGAAGU